AUGGUGUCACAGGAUCCGAAGAUUUGGGUGGUCGAUGAUUUCCUCCCAGCGGAGUUUCUGCAGAUGGUCAACAGCACCUUUGACUCCGCUCAAAAGAAAUGCCAAGUGGUGAAGAAGCCAAACGGCCGCGAGAUCUUGGCCAGAAACAUCGACUUUGAUGCCGAUGAGCUUUGCCAGGAAGUCUUUCAAAGAAUCUCGGAGCUCUGCGGCAUCUCUGGGGCGACCUGCGGUUUCACCCAAUUUAUGGUUUCAGAGGUGUGCGCCAGCGGCCAGGACGCGCAUGUGGAUCAUGUGAACGUGGAUGAUGUUGGAAGCUCAAGGCUCAGCUUCCUUGACCUCACACGGCAGAGCUGUUCGGAAGCAGAGCCAAGAAGGGUGGUCCCAACCAUCUCUAUCAUAGUGUACUUCAAUCCAGUUGGAGGCAUUCGCUUUCCCUCUGCCAGCGGCGUGAAAACCAUUGCAGCAAAGGCCGGACGGAUGGUGAUGUUUCACAACUAUGAUGAUGAGUCUCGACCCUCUCACAAGGCCUCUGCUGAGCACUACGGCAUCUAUUUUGAGACCUUGCCUAGAAGAGUGCUCAUCAUGGGUGUCCUCGCCAAUCACACGCCCGAUCCAACACAAAGCUCGACAUGUUGCACACCGGCUUUGGUCUACUGCGCUGGCACCAGGCGAGACCCCUUGUAUCAUGACAACCCUUCCUAUGAUACCUACAAGACUCCACAGCAGAUCGCUGAGCGAAUCCAGGCUGAUCUUACCGAGGAGGAACGCAUCCGAAGCCUUUCGCAGCCCAGGGCGACUCCCAAAUACGAUUUGAUCCUGACGCUGCAACUGGUCUUCAAAGACAAUGGUCUUUGCGCAGUUGAAGGGCACAACGUGGCAGGCGACUUGAUGUGUAAGAUGAAUGUCUCUCAGCAAAUGAUGCUAAGAGAUUUGCGCGGCCACGUUCAAAGGGAUGCAGACCCAAACAGUGCUCACAACAUCCUCUUAUGUUUGCCAAAUGGGCAGUUGUUGACCGAGGAGCAUGAUAUGUCGGUGCUUCAUUCCUGGUCAGAUGCCGCCGGCUUAGACAAAACAGGCAAGGCAGACGUCAUCAAGGGUUCAAAGCUCGACUCUGUGACUUCGAAGGCGGAGGAGAGCAGCUCUCUUCCUGUGGCGGCCACACAGAAUCAGGCAGCAUACAUGCAGUUCUUCCUUUUACUGGAGCAACGUGAGGCGAAGGAUCAGGUUGAUCCACCUUUGGAGGGUAAAUCCAUGUGUAUGAAGAAACUGGCCAUGCCAGACAUGCUUUGCCAUGGCACAGUGUGCCAGCUGCAUUAUCAUGGCGGUGGCUGCAUCGAGUACAAGAGAUCCGGAAAGUCCUUCCUGGCCGAUUUCGCGAGGGCACCGAACUUGCAGAUUGGUCAGAUGGUUUCCUUCUCAAUGGAUGGGCAUGGCCUCGCUUCCAUAGCUGCGCCUUCACUUCUUCCUCUUAGCGCGGGGCAGAGCCGCGAGAUGCGACCAUGGGACCGCGGGUUGCACAGAAAGCUUCAACGAAGCAUCCAGAGAUUUCGCAACAGCAAUCUUCAAGAAAAGCUCCAACUGGUUGCUAGUGCAGAAGAGAUCCUUCAGGAACUGUUGUCCCAGUCUAAACUGGACGGGGACGCGCUUUGCUCUUUGCUUCGGCGCUGCGCCGGCUGGCUUUUGGCCCCUUGUGGGAAGCAGCGGAAGGGACUGGAGGGCAGUGAAAGUGGUGAAGUGCAUGCCAACUUGCAGAGCCGAAUCAGAAAAAUCGUGAUCUCUGUCCUCAACCAUUUGGAUUUGUCAGAUGCUGAGACGUCUUUGGCAGUGCAAGAUGCCCUGACUUACAUGCAACAGUUGCUGGAGCAGAUUGAUGACGAGUUCUUGGGUUCUCCAUCGCGAACAGCGAGGCAAUGGAGGCAGCUGGGGGAGCUGUUGGCUGUUCAGCAACGUGAACCAAAAGAACAGGGAGUCCCGAAAGAACACCUGCAAGUGGGAUCCCAGAAUUUCAAGGAUGUUCAACGAAAGCCCUUCGAAAAAACAGAUUGGGCUUCAGCUGCAGAAGGCGUUUACCGACCCAACAAACGGGUGAGAAGUUUGGAGACAGUUUUCAACAAUGAAGACCGGCUCGUUCAGCUGAAAUGUCCGCAAUGUCCGCAAAAGCUGAGCAGCAGCUGGUUCUUCCAGAACCCCAGAACUGAGGAAUUGCGUGUGUUGGUUCCACAUUUUGGCCAUUUUCCUUGUACCAAAAAACUCGGGAAGCGAUGUAUUUGGCGAGCAAUAGACGAUACGCCCACGCAGGGGGACAAUUUCGGUAUUCUUCUGUAUUGCAAGCACAAACGUCAGAAACAUACCUGCAAGGAAUGCGGCGGGCGUAGCAUUUGUCCUCACAACAACAGACGACAUUUGUGCCCAGCUUGCAAAGGUGAAAAGCCAGCAGGGUUGCACCUUUGGCCUUGCCAAGUUCGUUCACAUGGUUCUCCUUUGCCUUUCGCCGUCAUCAUCGGGUGA